GCGAAGGAGGGAACGAGCCCGGAGCAUGAAGCUGGCUGCAAACCCAGCGGCGCCUCCAAAAGCAGCGGCCGAGAGAGGCUGCCUUUCGGUCUCCCAGGAGCCGCCCUCCCGCUCAAGACGCCUCCCCAGCUGUUGCAGCGUCCAGGUAACGGUGCAUCGGGCAAGCGCUGCAAGAGGAGAGCGAGGAAAGUUGGUUGCGGGGGAGAGGGCGAAGAAGUGCGAGCAAACUUUCUCUUCUAGCAGUUUCUGCCGGCGGCUCCUUAGAGCCAGAAGUGGCUCCGGCUCCCACUGGAUAGAUCCUGGAAGUGCCAAAGAGCCCGGACGCUGCAAAGGAGGCGUUGGAAGACUGGAAGCUCUGUCCCUUCCCAAAUAAGUGGGCAAGAACCCAUCUGUCAAGCCGGAGAAAGCAUGUUGCUGAUACCUGGAAAGUACGUGAGACACGUUCACAAACUUCACCCAUAAUUGAAAGAGAAAGUUGGAAUCAGUUUCAGCAGGUUUUUAUUGAAAGACCAAAAUUGGCAGUGAAGAAACGGAAGAUAUUUUUAGAAGUGAGGCAGGAAUUAAUUGGUUUUGCCACAGGUGCCAGACCUGAUGGAUACCAUCGAGACAGCAAAGCUGGAAGAGAACAUGGAAGGUCAGAACAAAGAAACGUCAAAUGGAUACGCUCGACCCGUUCUCACCGUCAGUGAGGAGAGCAAAAAUGGCAGCAGCAAACCAAAGGGAUUACCCAACGGCUUGCGGAAAGGCACCAAGAAGUACCCAGACUAUAUUCAGAUUUCUAUGCCCACUGAAUCUAGAAACAAAUUUCCUAUGGAGUGGUGGAAAACAGGCAUUGCGUUUGUGUACGCUCUCUUCAAUUUAGUCCUAACUUGUGUUAUGAUCACAGUGGUACAUGAGAGGGUACCUCCCAAGGAGCUCAGUCCUCCGUUGCCAGAUAAGUUUUUUGAUUACAUUGGUCGUGUGGAAUGGGCAUUUUCUGUAUCAGAAAUAAAUGGAAUGAUACUAGUUGGAUUAUGGAUAAUCCAGUGGCUGUUUCUAAGAUACAAAUCAAUAGUGGGACGAAGGUUCUUUUUUAUUCUGGGAACUUUGUACCUCUACCGCUGUAUUACCAUGUAUGUCACUACCCUGCCAGUGCCUGGAAUGCAUUUUCAGUGUGCUCCAAAGCUGAAUGGAGAUUCUCAAGCUAAAGUUCAGCGGAUCCUGCGACUACUUUCCGGUGGUGGGUUAUCCAUUACAGGCUCGCACAUCUUAUGCGGAGACUUCCUGUUCAGUGGUCACACUGUAGUGCUAACACUAACGUACCUAUUUAUCAAGGAAUAUUCUCCUCGUCACUUUUGGUGGUAUCACUUGAUCUGCUGGUUCAUGAGCGCUGCUGGGAUAAUCUGCAUCCUGGUAGGCCAUGAACAUUACACUGUGGAUGUCAUUAUCGCUUACUAUAUCACUACAAGGAUCUUCUGGUGGUACCACUCCAUGGCUAAUGAAAAGAACUUGAAGGUCUCUUCGCAAACAAACUUUCUGUCUCGAGCAUGGUGGUAUCCAGUAUUCCAUUUUUUUGAGAAAAACGUACAAGGUUCAGUUCCUUGCUGUUUUGCAUGGCCAAUAUCUUGGCCGCCCAGCUGCUUCAAGUCUUCAUGCAAAAAGUACUCCCGGGUUCAGAAAACAGGCGAGGACAAUGAAAAAUCCACCUGAGAAAACGAAGAAGGCAAAAAAAAAAAAAGGAUCUGCUUUUACCUUCUUACCAAAACAUUUGUGCUAUAACCAAAGUUCUUGAGGGGACUGUAAUGUUAACUGAAGAAGUGGACCAAAUGUUGUGGAAUUUGAUUUGAGAAAAAGACAACUGUAGACUUCAAAAAGUACCCUUGGUAUGUUUUUCUAGUCAUAUUGUACAGUUCCAUCCUACUCUUCAGUGCUAGUAGACACUGGCACUCAGUAGCAAAUUGGUGCCAACCGAAUACUUCCUGAGGAGAAAGAGCCAAGACUUUGGUUUCUUAAUGAGAUUAAGAGGUGCCAAAGAACACAUCGCGCCAUCUGUUGUUAAGUAUCACUUAUCCACAGAAGCAUCGAAACAAAAUAACAGCGUCAGGGUUCUGAAGUCUGACGGGCAAAACUGUAGUGAAUGCUAAAGGCAUAAUGCUGGUCUCUCUCUGCAUCAGUAUAGGGAGGGAAACUAAAACAUGCAGGCAACGCUUUUUACUGUGUUCACUAGUGGAGGCAAAACCUUGUGUAUUUGAGUGACGGAAACCGGAAGCGAGCCUUGAUAUUUUUAUAUUGUUUAUGGGAAUGAAUAUAUUACGAUCCUGUAAUACCACCACAACUUCCAAUUAUUUUGUCUAUCCUUGACUGACUUUUACAUUUUUAGAAAUAAGUGGUAAUUUUAUAUCUGAAAAUUUACAAAAAGCUAUUUUACCUGAUGAUAAGUUAGAGAUAAUGCCUACUAACAUUGUCUGGCUCCUACAAGGAGAGAAAUAAUUUAUUUUAAAAAAUACACAGAUGUGAGACGAGAUAAAGGUUUCUGCUGACCUUUUAGCUUGCACGGGUGUGAAUGCACGCCAUACGCAUAACCCAUUGGAGUGUGUGCGGUAUAUGUUGCAGCGAACGCACAAAAUAAUGCUCUGCAGUUGCAAAAGAAAGGUUGGCAAUUCCUUGCAUCGUGAUAAGCAACGCGCCACUUGCCCUCUGACCAUUUUCUGAAGUUGCCAGUGUAAUCCCGUAAUUUUGACAUUUUCACCAGGCUCCUGUGGGAUUGCCUACAUCCCUUUGUGAUUGUCACUGUAACGCAUAUGUCCAUAACCAUGCAUUUACACGUUGUGAAAACCUAGCUUGUUCUUUCUACAUCCGAUGUCGCAGAACCUCUGGCUUCUCUCCUGAUCUAAGGAAGCUCUGCCAGGCCUUAGACAUAGAGGAGGUUCUUGUUCAUCCCUGGCUCCCUUUACCUUCCUUGUAGCAACCCACUCAUGUAGAAACUUGCCUCCGGGCCUCUCUUCCCCAGCUUUUACUUGGGGUCUGCCUUAAAUACACUGGAGCAGCCUUCACAUGUUCAAGAACCCAUAGGCAUCUGGGAUUCUUCCUUCUAGCUCAUGAGAUCCAAGGACUCCUUUUUUUCCAGCUAUGUUAUGAUGAUAGUCUUGACCUCUCUGGUUUCUUACCAGUCCUGCCUAGAACCCACUACCACGGUUUGUGAAUUUCCCAUCUCUAAAUGUCGGUCUUGUGGUCUCUUGUUGCCACUCUGGUACACUGUGGUUUGACAAGCGUAGGCAAGUCUGCCACACAGGUAAGCAUUAUUUUAGCUAAAGUACCAUGCAAUGGCUGUGGGAGGCAAAAUUCCCACUGAUUCCUAUUCACUGGCUUUGGCUUUGUACAGACAGCCUUCCAAAAAGGAUUUUCAAAUGCCCAAGUAAGAAUGUUGCCAUUUUUUGCACACAAAAAACCCCCCCCAAACCCUAUGUAAUGUAGAACUUGAGAGCCAGAUGUGACGUAUUUACAGAUUAACACCACUUUGUUUUUUUGUUGGCAUGAAUUCUGGUUGUUCAGAUAUGGAUGCCAAGGCUGUUCUCUGCAACUGGUGUGUUUAUUUCACUAUUAUUAAACGGUCAGGUGGCCAGUCUGCCACUUUCUUGGCGUCAGGGUUUCUUUGAUGUGUCUAUAAUAAUACAGUGUCUUUGUGGAAUCUCCCUAAAUUUUGUUAGGCAAAUGUAAAACAACGGGCCAGUUCAUGCCACUACUAGCAUGACAAUAUCCAGAAGUCAAUGAUGCUGUAAUUUUUCCUGGUUUCUUUUUUGCCAAUUGUUUAUAUUAAAAAACUCAGUAAAAGCAACAUCCAGAAUAAACAACUGAAUUCACCUUUAACCCAAUUGGAUGUUAUAAAGUAAUAUAUAAUGAUUCGUGUCGGGGGGAGGGAGGUGUAGAGAAAGCUAUGUUUGAAAUUUCAUAAUUCAGAAUGUUUACAGGGAAAAUCCUGCCAUGUACUGUAUGUCUAGGGGCCAGUCAUAUUAGAUAACAAUGCUAACUGUAGUGUUCAAGCCAGAAAUGUAUUUUGGCAACAGCAGAUAUUAGCACAGUACAUAAUUCACCUUGAUAAUAGAAGAGAGUACAGUCAGGUCAUCCUCCUGCGUUUCUCUCCCUACCCCCUCCUACACAAAAAAGUCACUCAUUUGCUCUCAACCCUCUGAACAUAAAUACUGUAAUUUUGUGUGUGUGUGUCGAUAAGUAGCCAGACUUAGCACAGAAUGAGAUAUGUCCGAUACGAUAACCAAUUCAGGUUUAAAAAAUCAGGCUGUUUAAAAGAGAGGGGAGGGGACUUAUAAGGAACAUGGACUUCACUCCAGAGAACUAUGAAAGGAGGGUUGUGUAUGUGGUUGGACUCCUUUUCAUACAGCAACUUUCCCAUGGUACACCCUGAGGCAGCUCGAAUCUUGGCAAAACUCACACAAAAAAAAUAUUCUGUGUCCAGCAUGGCAUGCCACCUGAAUGAAGGUGAUAAUGGACUAAGAUGCAACAAAAUAUAUGCACGUGUGUGUGUUGUUGAAAACAAUCUAUACAUGGAUUGUUGCAGGCAGAUAGCAUGCAAAGUAUUUUCUGUGUUAGGAACGUUGUCAUACGUGAAAGAUCCCUCAAGCCGGGCUGAAGUUUUGGAAGCUGUAGAAGCGAUGAGCAGUGUGGUUGUGAACUUCUGUUUACAGGGAAAAAAUCCUGCCAUGUACUUGCACUUCACUGCAUGUGCGUGAACGGACUGUGUCCAGUAGCUGCAGUGUAGAGGUCUGCAUUUCUAAACAAGGCCCCAUUGCGAUUUUUAAACUGGGUUCAAAAGUAAUAUAGAUGUUUGGCAUGAAAGUAACCCUGAGACACACAAAAGCUAUGAACAGUGUGAAUGUUUGCAGCAGUCAUGUGAGCUGGAACAAUCUGUUUAAAACUGCAGCCACCUCCAUCACAUUGAAAUCAAUGACACUUAAGCUCACAGUUAAACUCCUAAAAUCUUAUUGAUUUCAGAGUGAUUUAAGCCUGUCUGGCUUUUCUUUUCUUUUUUGAGAUUUACUCACAUCUAGAACACAAACACCUGGUGUCCAAAUGGCACACAAAUGGCACAAACUCAGUACCUUCAUGAAGGAAAAGAAGAGCAAACUUGAUCAGGCCAACCUCUUUUUUCAUGAACCAGCACUGUGAAGUCUGAGCUGUGGGGUUUUUAGGCAGGAUCAGAAACUAGAUGUUUACUGUUAAACUUGAAAGUAAAAAUAGAUCAAUAUAUGUAGAUGGCAGAUAUUACUGAGCCUUGGAAAUGACUUGCUGUGCUUGAAAACAACUUCACAACCUGGAAAAUGAAAACAAAGAGAACGCGAAGAAAUGAUGCUGAUAUACUUGAACAGUCUGAUUCUUAGCAGGCUUGCAAUUGAAUAUUUAGUGUAACAAAGAAUCUGUCAUACUGGAAAUUCUCAACUUGUGGCCCACCCACCAAAACCCAAUUCAUCAGCCAUGCGUGAUGUAUCAUCAGGGGUUUAUGGAUCCUUCUGUAUUUGCUGCUUUGCACAAGUGGGAGAUUGACAAGGAUCUACUUGGCUGAUAAGCUGGCAUUUGCUUUGGUAGGUCAUAAAUCUUGCAGGCCUAGCGUAUACUCUUUCCUGCUACAUAUUUGAGAACUUCCCAAGAACAUGUGACAGAAUAAUGAUUCUAACUGAAAGUUAUAAGGAAAAAAACGUACACAGUAAGAGUUUGAGAGUAAGCUUGCUUUUGUGGUUUUUCUGGGUUUUCUGUGUGGCCAUGGUCUAAUAGUUUUUGCUCUGAAGUUUCAUCCCUAUCUGCGGCUGGCGUCUUCAGAGGCAUGUCAUAGUAAAAUCUGUUGUGCCAUGGAGAGAAACGCAUCUUACUAACAGGCCUCUGAAGAUGCCAGCCAUAGGUGAGCACGAAAAGUUACAAGCAAAAACUAUUAGACCAUGGCCAUAAAGCCUGGAAAUCCUACAACAGCCAGUUAAUUCUGGCCAAGAAAGCUUUCGACAACACACUAAAUAUAAGUUUGUUUCUGAAGCCACCUUCAGUGAUCACAUUGCAUGUAGGCCAUAAACACAGCUCAAAAGGGAAGCUAAUCUGUGAUCUAUAUAAAUAUAUGAUGUGCUAGAGUCAAGUUGGCAACCAAAUUAGUCAGAUGGAUAAUGUAUAUCUGCAAGGAACAUACUGACUUAGAGCCCACUCAAAACCACCCUUAUUGUCACACUCCAUUAUCCUUCAUGAAUGUGGUGGUGUGGUGUUUUUUUUUAAUCUGUUCCUAGAUCCAAUUUUACAGAACUUAUAUAAUGUCAAAUAGUCUUUAAAUAUGUCUGGUUUAUUUCAGAUGAUAGUUGUCAUUUCAUUGCCUGUUUGGGGGUUUUUUUUGGGGGGGGGGGUGUUAAUCUCAGAUGUAAUUGAAGUGCCUUUGACAACACUUUAGAAACAGUAGGUACUGUUCUAGGUGCUUAUUUGUUCAGGUGCUUGAAAAAGGGGUUUUGCCGUCUAAUUUUAGGAAGUCUGUUUACAGCUUCCUCUUAUGCAGAACUGGGUUUAGAGGGUGAGUCUCCCUGCAUAGGACUGAGCUAUAGUAGUGGUAGCCUCAAAGGGGCGGGAGUGGAAGGUAAUUUGUAACUACAGAUGACAUGCAACGAACAGAUCUCUUGGAUGAAUCAGUUAAAAUAAAUAAAUGUAAGAUAGGACCUCUAUGCAAUGUGCCUCUUAGCCCCCUAAUAAGUACAAAUAGUACUGUCAGUUUUGAGCAUAUUUUUGUGGCUUAGUUACCAAGGGUGGGUGAGUUUCAAGUAAAAUGCAAACCAUUUUAUAUUUUUGUCCAUGUAUAUUUUGCAUUGAUGAGAAAUUUAAUGACCUUUUUUGCCUACACUGUUGCUGCUUUUAAUAUGUCUUUCUGAUUUGGCCCGGGAAACAGAAAUAAAUACUAUAUAUUAUGAAAACUA